AUGGAUCUCUUGAAAGACGCAGCAAAGAACAUCAAUCUUUACGAAGUCAAGGCAUACGUGCGGAAAGCACAGAAUGUUGCCAUGAACUUGACGGAGAUGGAAUCGAAAGUUCGUGAAGCCACCAAUAACGAGCCAUGGGGUGCUCCAACCACGUUGAUGGCCAAGAUUGCUGCCGGUACCUACAACUAUCGUGAAAGAGAGGAGAUCGUCAGUUUUAUCUUCAGAAGAUUCACGGAAAAGGCAGCUAAUGAAUGGAGACAGAUCUACAAGUCGUUGCAGUUGUUGGAAUACUUAAUUAAGAACGGAUCCGAAAGAAUCAUUGAUGAUGUCAGAGCAAACCUGUCCUUAAUCCAGAUGUUGAAGUCAUUCCACUACAUUGAUUCCAAGGGUAGAGAUCAAGGAAUCAACGUUAGAAACAGAUCCAAGAACCUUAUCGCUUUAUUGAACGACGAUUCGUUGAUCAGAUCCGAACGUAAGAAGGCCAAGGCUAAUUCCAAGAAAUUCGGUGGUGUUUCCUCGGGUGCGUUUGGUGGUGCUUCUUCAAUCACCACUGGGGGCAGCAUUGACGAUGACGACUUCACAAAUAGAGUGUACGGUGAUGGUGGUGUCUACGGUGAGCGUUAUGAUGACCCUGCAGCAGCAUACAGCAACGGCAAAUCGAAUGACAAUUUUGAAGAAUAUGAUGUUGCUCCUGCCGGAUCUUCCAAGCCUACUACUGGGUCUUCCAAGGUCAAUGCCACUUCUGCCAAAUCCAAGCCUCAACCAAAGAAGCCAGAGCAAGACUUGUUGGGAGAUUUGGUCUCAUUCGAUGGCGCAUCCUCUUCUAAUAACAAUGCCCCUGCACCAGCAGAAGACGACGACGACGACUUUGAUGAUUUCCAGGCAGCACCAUCGCAACCAGAAAAGCCAAACCUUUCCAACAACUUGGCCAACUUAUAUCAAGCACCACAACAACAACAACAACAAUUUGGAAAUUCCUUCAACCAGCCACAACAAAACCAUGUCCAACAACCCCAGUUCGGUGGUGCCUCCCAAAACUUCAAUUCUGCUCCAAACUACAAUGUCAACUCCACCCCUUCAGCACCUGCUGCCACAUCCAAGCCAUCCAACGAUGCCUUCUCUUCAUUAUUCUCCUCGGCCAAGACUAAGACCAAGACCACUACCCCAGCCGCAAAACCACAACAAAACGCUGCCCCAGCCUCCGAUUGGGAUCAAGACUUUGGCGAUUUUGGUUCCAAUACUACCAGCACUACCACCAACGGCAACAGUCAAUCUAAGCCAAAUGGCGUGGGGUCUGUAUUACGUAAGCCACCAAUCGGAUCAAACUUUUCAACGGCAACUAAAUCGCUACUGUCUGCCAUCAAAAUGUUCAGAAACGCCGUCACAUUCACCAAGCCAGUCUUUGCUGCUCAAAGAUUCUUCUCCUCCACUGCUCCAGCUUUGGGCACCCAAGUUUACUUCAAGACCUCCAUCAAUGGUGUCGCUCAAGAACCAAUCAAGUUCGAAUUGUACGACGAUGUGGUCCCAAAGACCGCUGAAAACUUCAGAGCUUUGUGUACUGGAGAAAAGGGAUUCGGAUACAAGGGCUCUAUUUUCCACCGUGUGAUUCCACACUUCAUGUUGCAAGGUGGUGACUUCGAAACCGGUAAGGGAUACGGAGGUAAGUCCAUCUACGGCAAGAAGUUCCCAGACGAAAACUUCAAGAUCAGCCACGACAAGCCUGGUCUUUUGUCCAUGGCCAAUGCUGGUCCAAACACCAACGGAUCCCAAUUCUUCAUCACCACCGUUCCAUGUGACUGGUUGAACGGUAAGCACACUGUUUUCGGUGAAGUCAUCGAGGGUUAUGACGUGGUCAAGAAGAUUGAAGGCUACGGCUCCAACAGUGGUAGAACUACUGCCGAGAUUGUCAUCGAGGAAUGUGGUGAAUUGUAA